AUGUCCACCUCCCCGGGGUCGGGCGACGAUGAGAACUUCAUGGUCAUCCCCAUUGAUCAAACGUUUAGCGACGGGGACCAGAACACCUGGCCCAAGGGGCCGGGUUUUGGACUUCCAGAUGAUCACACUUAUCGGGAGAAGCUGGCUUCGUUAUGGUUGCAGAAGACGGGAGCCGCAGAGCCAGGAAUGAAAUAUGUCCUCGACACACUCCCAGAAGGAUAUGCUCUGAUAGAUCGCCCACGCGGAACUAAUCCCGACAUCCGUGAUCGGUUUCUCUACGGCCACCCGGGGCGGGAAACCUCGUGGUCGUCCGACGGGAAGACCGAUGGGGAGGCCGAUGGGUACACCGACUCCAAAAUCGACCGAGUCUCCAAAACCGGUCGGGAGACCCCCUGGGAGACCUGCUGGUAG